CGUGGUCAUGGCUCCCGCGCUCCUGCUCCUCUUUGCGUUUGCGCUGCUCGAAGGCCUCGGCCAGGGCCAGGAUUUCGACCUCUUGGACGCGCUUGAUGAACCGAAGAAGCCGACGUCGCCGCCUAAGAAGCCUCCGCCAUCGGGCGACUUCAACACGGACCUGGAAGACGCCACCGGGGGCAAAGGUGGAGGCCAAGGACCCCAAGGGGAGGAGGAGCCUGAGGCGGACGGCUCCGCCCCCCAGGGCCUGGUCCCCGGCCUCAUUGGGGCCGCGGUGGCCGCGGUCACCGGCGCCGGCUGGAGCUUCAUCGCCUACCAGAGGCGGAGGCUGUGCUUCCGGGAGCGCGCCCCGCCCACUCAAGUUAGCACCACCCAUCCCUGGAAUACGCAGAACUCGGUCAUGUGACACAGCGACAGGAACGUGCAGAAGGGCACUCUGGGAAACGUAGUCCCAGUCCCCAGGGACACAGACACCCACUUCCGACCACAGGCGCAAUGGAUGCUGGGAACCGUAGUCCCACAGAGCCAGGGCCCAGGGCUCCACUUCUGCCUCUGAUGUAGCGCAUUCUGGGAAAUGGAGUCCACAGCGCCCAGAGUCCGCGCCCCCGAAGACCUCACCCGCCCACCACGACCCUGUGUGACCCCGCAGAGCACUCUGGGAAACGUAGUCCCGCCCACGCUGCCGGGCCCCAGCGACCCCCCCAGACUUCCUGCCACUGACGCACGGGAUGCUGGGAAAUGUAGUCCCGCACAUCCAGGUCCCGGGAACCCCCACUUCCGGUCGCCAUCCCAGGGCACUCUGGGAAAUGUAGUCCCGCACAUCCAGGUCCCGGGAACCCCCCACUUCCGGUCGCCGUCCCAGGGCACUCUGGGAAACGUAGUCCCGCCCCCGCGCCGGGGCCCCGCCCCCUCACCUUCCUCGGCGACUCCGCCCCCUUGCAGCAGAGGAUGUCCCGGGCCGCGGAAGUGAUGUAGCUGUCCCAGGACUGGCACAGGAAGGCGGGAUCCAGGGCCAGGGGCGGCGCCAGCGCCAGAAGCAGCAGCAGCAGCAGCCGCAGGGCGGCCAUGGCCUCAGCACAGCACCCAGGAGGACUCAGCGCAGCACCUAGCACCUGGAAGGGCUGAGCACAGCACCCAGGAGGACCAAGUACAGCACCUAACACUUGGAAGGACUCAGCACAGCACCUGGGGACUCAACAUAGCACCCAGAAGGACUCAGCGCAGCACCGAGGACCUGGAAGGACUCAGCACAGCACCCAGAAGGACUCAGCGCAGCACCUAGGACCUGGAAGGACUCAGCACAGCACCCAGGAGGACUGAGCACAGCACUCAGCACCCGGGAUGAGGAAGUCCCGCCCCCCCCGUGUGGUGAUUGACAGGCGACACUGACGCGGAGGAUUCUGGUUUUUUUUUU